GAGCUGCUGGGAGACUUGAAAGAGCUCAGUGGUAUCGACGAUGUGGAAGAGCUCUUCAAUCUGUUGGACUAUGAUGGUGGUGGUGCCAUCGACACCAACGAGUUCUGCGAAGGAGUCCUGAAGGUCGCCGGUGAUUCGCGAAACAGCGUGGAGAUGGGUCGGCUGAUGAAGCAGUGCAAUGAGAUUCUCUCCAACACCAAUGCGGUGAUGGAAUCUGUGAAGGCACCAGAGGAGAGCGUGAAAGGUCGAGGACCUCGUGGCUCUCGCUUCACACUGGAUGAGAGGCAGGGACCCGGACUCACGGAGCGUGUCGUGAAGCUCGAGAGCGAGGUGUCGGACCUUCACGGCGACCUUUGGUGGGCGGUCAACAAACUCCAGUGUCGAGCCAAUGCACGCAGGGGAGCCCAAAGCGUCAGAGUGUCAGCGUUGCAACGCGCAAGCCACGGUUUCAUCUCUCUCUCUCUCUCUCUCUCUCUCUCUCUCUCUCUUGGAUUUUACAUUUCAGUCGCAGUUCGCACAAGGUGCCGGACAUCCGGGCUAGUUGCCGCAGAAGGACUGAGACGCAGCGCCUCAUGGACUCUCGAGGCCGACCAGAAGAUCGCGAUCGAAGUUAGAGCCCUGCAGGUUCCCUGCAGGGAACCUGCAGGGCCAUAG